AGGUGUUGAUGAGGUUGUUAAAAAUGUCAAUGUAACCUAGAUCUGGCUUCCGAACGAAAUCAAUAAAAGCUAGUAAAAUUAUGUAAAUGUAUGCCAUAAGGAUCGACACCGAUUGCUUGUGUCUUUUCUGUAUAUCGUUGUUUGUGAUAAGUGUCCAAUCUUGUGCAAUAUUUAGGUCCGCCAUAAUAUGUAGACACAAUCUUGCCGUCCAAAAUGGCGUCGUAGACAAAAACACGUGUUAAGGGUGACGUCACCGCAAAGGAUAUAGCUGUCACGAUUUGUUGUUUUUUUGUAUUACCACCAUUUAGCCACAGAGUGGUGCUGUUUCCUCCUUUGUCGGAUUUCUUUUGUUUUUCCGCGUCUUGAUGAUGGCGGAGGACAGCGAAUCCGCCGCCAGCCAGCAGAGCUUGGAGCUGGACGACCAGGACACCUGCGGAAUAGACGGGGAUAACGAGGAGGAGAACGAGAACGUGCAAGGGAGUCCCGGUGGAGAUUUUGGGGCCAAGAGAAAGAAGAAGAAGCAGAAGAGGAAGAAAGAAAAGCCAAGCUCUGGAGGAGCCAAGUCGGACUCUGCCUCUGACUCACAGGAGAUCAGGAAUCCUGGCUUGCCCAUCCAGAAGCUGCAGGACAUCCAAAGAGCUAUGGAGCUGCUUUCCUGUCAGGGCCCAGCUAAGAGCAUUGAUGAGGCAGCCAAGCACAAGUACCAGUUCUGGGACACACAGCCGGUGCCCAAGUUAACAGAUGAAGUGGUGACAGGCCAUGGCCCGAUCGAGGCCGACAAAGAAAAUAUUAGGCAGGAGCCAUAUUCCUUACCUCAUGGCUUCAUGUGGGACACUCUGGAUCUCAGCAAUGCUGAUGUACUUAAGGAGCUGUACACAUUGUUAAAUGAAAACUACGUACAGGACGACGAUAACAUGUUCAGAUUUGAUUACUCGCCAAGCUUCCUCAAAUGGGCUUUACGUCCGCCCGGCUGGUUACCUCAGUGGCACUGCGGAGUGAGAGUCUCUUCAAAUAAGAAGCUUGUUGGUUUCAUCAGUGCCAUCCCGGCAGACAUCUGCAUUUAUGACACGUUGAAGAGGAUGGUAGAAAUUAACUUCCUGUGUGUCCAUAAGAAGUUACGCUCAAAGCGUGUAGCGCCGGUGCUCAUCAGAGAAAUCACGCGGCGGGUCAACCUAGAAGGAAUAUUCCAGGCUGUGUAUACAGCAGGCGUCGUGCUGCCCAAACCGGUGUCCACGUGCAGGUAUUGGCAUCGUUCUCUGAACCCCAGAAAGCUUGUGGAAGUCAAGUUCUCCCACCUGAGCAGAAACAUGACCCUGCAAAGAACCAUGAAACUCUACCGACUACCAGAUAGCAUCAAAACAGCGGGGCUGAGGCCAAUGGAGCGGCAUGACGUCCGGCAGGUGACCGACCUGCUGCAGAAGUACUUGAGACGGUUCCAGCUCGCGCCUUCUAUGAACGACGAGGAGGUGGCUCACUGGUUCCUACCACAGGAAAACAUCAUAGACACAUAUGUCGUCGAGGGUGCUGGUGGUGUAUUGACUGACUUCGCUAGUUUCUACACUCUGCCUUCCACUGUGAUGCAUCACCCACUCCAUAGGAGCUUGAAGGCCGCAUACUCCUUUUACAAUGUUCACACACAAACGCCGCUCCCGGAUUUAAUGAAUGAUGCCCUGAUCCUUGCCAAAAUGAAAGGCUUUGACGUGUUCAAUGCCUUGGAUCUAAUGGAGAAUAAAGUCUUUCUGGAGAAGCUCAAAUUUGGUAUAGGAGAUGGAAAUCUGCAGUAUUACCUCUACAACUGGAAAUGUCCACCUACGGAUGCUGAUAAGGUUGGUCUGGUCCUUCAGUAGCCCCAUGCUACAGAAACACAUGCACAAACGCAUACAUUCACACAUACAAUGAGGACACAAAAUCUGGCAGACACCCCUGCACACAGGUCUCCUGAGACAGACUGCUGUUGGAAAGCAACCAUUUGACCAGGAAGAUUUUUUUUUCCAAGUGCAUUUUUUUCAUCUCACCUGAAGGUGAAAAAAGUAUUAAAAAAAAAAAAAACUGUUGAGCUCCUCAACAUUCUGAAUGUGAAUGUCAUGUUAUGCCUGAGACGUCUGCUCACAUUUAAAACAAACCAGUUUGGUGUUCAGAUCACCGGCAUGCCCUCAAUGUCAUAUGUAAGUAAAUAAGGUGAGUAAUGAGCAAGUUUUUCUCAUUUUUGAAAGUUAUGUUGUCCUUAAAUACUACUGCACCUCACCAGUGAAUAGUGAACAAUUUGAGAUAAGUGACUUUCAUUACAACUACAUUGGUGGGAUUUUUUUUUUUAAAUGUAAACCCAAAUAAUUGUUGAAAAAGCAGGGCUAGAUGUGUUUGGGGUUGUUUUAGUUUCCCCCGAAAAACCCAUUUUAAAGGAAUUAGGUGGGGAGAAAAAAAAUCAUCAGAUUGGUGAAAUUGCAGUUGCUUAACUGUGAGCGUGCAGGGUUUCCACUGUAUACCAUUCCUCUGCUACGUACUUUAUUAUUUCUUGGUACAUACACACUUCUACACUGUCAUACAGUUAUUAAACCAACAGGUGCAUUUACUUUUUUCUUUUUUUAAAUGAAAAGUCAAGUUACCUUUACAGCAUGAUGUCAUGCACUCAGUUGAGAACUCAUCUGUUUUUUUUAUGUAUAAAGAAUGUAUUACAUCAAUGAAGCACAUUUUUUUUCAGUUUAGAAAAGGUCUAAUGUGUGAAAGUGAGCUGCUGCAAUGUUACAACGGUCUAGUAUUAAACUUGCCAUUAAUGCUAAACCCUCCGACCUGCCUUCCAUUCUAAACUAAAUGAAUAACGUUAAUUAACCUCAGUGGAAUUACAAAUCACCAUAGUAUUUGCCACAAACAAAAAAAAAAUGUGGAACUUAGACUGCACCAUAACCUUCUCUAAACGUUUAAAUAUACAUGCAGAACUGUUCAAUAUUGCAGAUCUCUUUGCACAGCUUGUUCUCUAAACAAGGAGACAAAUGUCAAAAUUCACAAGUGUUUCAUCCAUGAAUGAACCCAGUGCUUUUCUGUGACUCUUCCAGUGGUGCAUUACAACAUAAUGUUGAGACUAAAACUGGAGGUUGACCGGAAGAGGACCAGUACUUUUUUCCUGGUUCAAUUAGAGUUGGUAUUCAAACUUUACUUUUCAUCAUGUUGCCAUCAUUAGACCAAGACUACACCUAACAUUUGAUCAACAGUACCUCACUAUUACAAAGCUUCCAACAAAGAGGAGCAACUGAGCUUGGAGUCAUCAGCAAAUUGCAAAAGUAAGACUAGUAGAGUCACAGAAAGGCAUGGAGAUGAACAUCCUUGGAGAUUUUCAUGGCUCAAAUACUUGUGAAUGUUGCCAUUCAGUUUUUUGUUAGAAAACGGGAUUUUGAAAAAAAAAAAAAAGUACUGAACCAUUACAGAUUAAAUGUGCAGAACGUUAAGUUAGGCUUGCCUGUAAAGGUUUUCGUGCAUUUUAGUCUUAAAAUUUCUCCGAAAACCCCAAUACUCCAACCUUAUUGUGAAUAGUGUUUAUCAUUUCAUACAUUUAAUACAGCCCCUGAGGACUUUAUUAAAAACUACACGUGGUUUAAAACAUCAAUUUUACAUCUUUUUCCAUCCACAUUCAGGAUUUCAUCACGUGGGCAAAUAAAGCACCACCAGUUGAAAACAACGAUUUCUGAGCCGGCACCAAGUGUAGAGAGAAAACCAGUAAACAACAACAAAAAAGCAAAUUUGUUCUUCCUGUUGUGGUUGGGACAAUAUAGAGUCUCAUGGCAAAAUCAGCAUUUAGUUGUUCCGUCCGGGAAUAAGCUUAUUGAAAGCAUUUCAUUUUGGGGGGCAUUUCAUAUGUAUAAAUAAGCUGUCAAUCACCUUACCUGUUGAAUGAUUCCUUUCAGAGAGAAUUAUUGGAAUUUUUGAGGGGAAGGGGCUACGUGUUUGAUAUUUGGGGCUUGUUUUUGACGUCUUCAUCCCAGUACGUUGUAUUUACUUUCUACUCAUACUGUGUCUGAAACAAGUCUACUGUAUUUUUUCGGAGUUGUGUUGUGCAGCUAAAUGCAUGGGAAAAGUACUAUUGAGAAUUGGUCUUGUGACAGUUUUCUGAAGUCCAAAUCGGGCAACCAGAGAACUGAUAUGACUGAGUGCAUCUUGCUGUUUUAUUUUAAAGUGAGCGUCCUCUGUUGUUCGGUCCUCACAUUUGAGAUGUCUCCUUUUUCUGCUUUUUGUCUCUUCCCUUUAUUACACAUGAAGAAAGCACAGUCUGCUUGAGUUAGAGCUCUUUUUAUAUAUAUAAAUAUAUAUCUAUAUAUAUACAAUUGAAACCUUGAGUGAGUCGCAUUCACCAAGCUGGCUGAACUUUUUAUGCACCACACAGACUGACGCUGGUUGUCUCCCAAACGUGUGAAUGUUGCGCAUGUUGCUGCAAUGAUUGUAGUAUCAAUGUUACUAGCCAGCCACGCCCUUUAGUGACAACUCCGGCCCUGAGAACCUGCCUUAUUUGGAAAAUGUAGUUGUAUCCCCCCCCAGACCCUCGACCGGAAGUUUGAUGUUAUGGCGUAAAAUUAACACAUACAGCUUCAUCAAACUGAAGAACAACAUUUCUAUUCAAAUCCAUCGUAAGCUGUGAAAAAGGCUGACAGAACUUGUACCAGCAUCAUUUGAGAGCGUAUUACACACAAUGCUACUAAGCUGUUUGAAGAAACGCUGCCUACACCAGCAUGGAUAUUUGAAUAAAUUCACGUGACAAAAUCAAAAAGGCUGAUUUUUGCAUUUUUGGGAAAUGCUGUGGUGUUAUUUGACCGCUUUGAAACUUCCAUCAAGUUCCACAGAAAUAUGUAUUUUUUUUUCCUGUUUUAGGUUAUCGAGGAUGACCAAAAUUAUUUCUAUUUGCUGAAGUUAAAAUAUUGACUUUUUUUAAAGGCAAUUUUUCAUUGUGUUCAUGGAAGUUACAUUUAUGGUACAUAUAGUAAGUUACUAGUAUUUCCUUUUAACAAUUUAAAAAAGCAUAUUUUUUUGGAAGCUUCUGAUGGGUUUAGUGAUGACAUUUGAGUUAAUUGAAGACAUACCUGAACUACAGUACGCUUCUUUUUGUAACAUCAUGGGAAACUCAAAAGAAAUCAGUCAAGAUCUCAGGAAGAGAGUCUGGUCUUCCACAAGUCCGGCUUAUCCUUGGAUGCAAUUUCCAAAGGCCUGAAUCUUCCACAUUUUACAUGCAAGAUGGGUUCUGUGUCCUAGAGAUACAUAUUUUUGUCUGAAAUUUACAUAACUCGAACAAAAUAAAAAGACCUUAUGAUGACGCUAGCUGAAGCUGAUCAGUGUCUUUUAUCCACACUGAAAUGUUUUUAUAAAGUACGAUAUUGUAGUGAUACUAAUUAUAAAGUGUUACAAAAAUACUUUUUAGGAAGAGGAUGGGACAAAUAGCUCAAGGAGGGAAAGGACUUAAGUUACAAGUCUGAUCACAGAACAAAUGCCACUCAUUUCAAAGGACCAUUGUUAGUGCUUCCUCUUGAAAUUAAAUGCUCUAACAAAAGUCCCGAUAAAAUCAUAUUCAUCUAUGAGGAUCAUUGGAUGCAUCAUAUUAUCUGUUUGAAAU